AACACGAACAAAAACUUUAUAAGUAUAUAAUUCCUACGCGACCUGAAGAUCAUUUAUCUUGGCAGAUCAAAAAAAACACUUUGACGCACAGAUGUUGAUAUUUUUACGACAUCAGACUCAACCUGUCACAUUUUGAAGUGUUUCAUGCAACACACUUCAAUUGCUGUUAUGGAUACAGAAACCUUAUCACAACCAUAUAUGGAAGGUUACUUGCGUAAAUUCAAGAACUCAAAGAAACAAUAUCUCGUCUUGUACAAACACAAACUGGAAAUUUUUGAAAACAUCCGAAAAUUCAAAGAAAAACUCAAGCCCAAGAAGAUCAUUUACCUGACAAAUAUUUUACACAUUCUAAGAUUAUCAGAGAAGAAGCGCCUAUUCUCCUUCGCCUUGUUCACGAAUAACGAAAAGAUUGGUUUAGUUGCAGACAGCGAAGAGGAAACAAUGCGCUGGUUAAGCUCCAUCAAAACGCUACGAAAGGAAAGAAUUGACAAAGAAAACAUCAAAAAUGGUAAAGAGUGGUAUAUUACUGUCAAAAAACGAGGAAUCGGGGAAAGUCAUGAUUUGAGCUCGUGUAUCCUUCUUCGUAUUGCUUUGAACUGUAUUGAAUUUGCAACUGAGGAUGCAACCAUCUUAACGAUACCUUCAUAUCUGAUUAAAAGAUGUGGCUAUACGGAAAAGGUGGUGUUUAUUGAACUUUUUAAAAAUAAGGAGUUUCUUCACAAUGAGAUCUGGUUUGAGAUGCUCUCUGAUGAAGAUGUUGAUGAUGUUCAAGGAAUGAUCUCAUCAAUAAACAAACCGAGGUCGAAGACUGUUCGUGAAAAGAACAUGGUGCAUCGCUCACCAAGUUUCAAGCGUUCAAGCAGUCAACUGGAGUAUGAUGACAGUCUUUCCUACAAAGCCUUCUCAGGAUCUGCAUAUUCUGCAGAUUACGUUUCGACAACAUCAUCAAAACAAAGUUAUACUUCUGAUAAUAUGUCUCGCUCUUCUUCUACCGAUAUGCAAGAGUUAAAAGAACAACUCAACAAUUCGCUGUACGACAAUGUGUUUUAUCCAGCAGAAACCGACUUGCCCGAUGCUGGGAACCCGAUUGCUACUGAUGUUUAUACUAUUCGCGCACACCUAUUAAGCAAAACUGGUGGAAUACAUAAAUCUUCAACGUCAUCCAGCCUAGCGGACGAUGAAAGUGAACCAAUAGCUGAAGAAAGUUCAGGACGACUCAUAAGCCCUGUAUCGCCAUCAACUGCCGAUACGUUUGUCAAAUUCAAUUUUUUAACUGAAAAUCAAAAGCGACUCAAGAAAAAGCAGAACAGACAAAAAGAUCAUCGUGAGGAAAGCCCAACGUUCAUUCAAAGACCUCCAUCUACUGAAAUAGUUGAUGAAAACAUGAAUCCAGUGAACUUAGUGCGGUUAACAACAGAGAAGGAGCGUUUCGGGGAACCAUUUUACGAGGCUGUGAAAGUAUCGAAACUGAGAGGAAUGAUAACGAAAAGCCCACGUGGCAGUAACAAUUCCACUCCAGAGGGUUCGCCUAGAAUGCAUAAUCGGAAAUAUAAACUCGUGGCGAGUAAACCAAAGCAGCCUCACUCGCCAACUUUAUCCCAGCCUCCUCUUCCAAAACGUAACGGUAACUCGUCUUCUUUCUACGUGAACACUGACGAGUACGAAGACAUGUGCGGCUACGAAACUUUGAACAAUAACAAAAACGAAACCACUUAUACUGAGCGUCUCAAACAAACGAAAAAUGCCGAACCAAAAUAUAUAGACAUCGAAACCAUACAAAAAAUUCGAAAGACCCUAGUAGCAGAUCAGGGGCAUAACUACUGCGAAAUUGUAACUAAGGCGCGCCCAGCAACCGCAAGAAGUAUGUCAUUAAACCAGGAACCUACUUAUAGUAAUGAAAAUGAAAUGCAUUUUAAAGUCUCGAGUCAUGCGCAUUCGGAUGAAUCGAUUCAAGAGGAAGAUGAAAACAUACCUUGUUAUGAGAAUUCGCAAUUUGGAAAAAAUAGAAAUGCGGAAGCGCAGCCGGCAAUACGGGGACGCCUCCCUACACGGUCUAGAAGUGCCCCAACGACAUCGGAAAAUUACGAUUACGUAACAACUAAAUAUAGGUCACGUGUUGAAGAAUCGAACUUUCGUCCAUCUAAUGACAUAAUUUUGAGUGGAAUAUCAGAGGACUGGGAACUACCAAGUUCAAAAGAACAGCGUUAUGAUAACUACAACGAGGAGCUACCAUACGAGAACAGCUAUGUUUCGAACAGUGAAUUUAUGAAUGCUCAAAAACAUUUAAGAGUGAAUACUUUAUACGAGACUGUUACGUACGACAACGUUGACUUUCCACAUCGGUUACCGGCUAAUAGUAUAUCCUAUGCCGAAAUUGAACUUUACAAGAGAGAAAAAGAGAAUAAAGAAGAAAACGAAACAGAUGGUAAACAAAAUAAAAACAGUGAAAAAACACAAUACGCGCAAAUAGAUUUCAUGAAAUCUAAAGGUGUGCACGAAGCUGUGAGAGGUUUUCGUGAUAGUUUAGCACAGAGUCAUAAUGGUCAUAAUGAAUAUCUCACAGACAUGACACAUAAGACAUUUCGAAAAAGUCAUCACGAUACUGUUGCUCUCAAAACAACGUAGAAAAGACAGAGGCCCGUCUAUUAAUGGGCGUAUUCUAUAGGCGUAACUUUUGCCUCGCAUAAAAAUUCGUCUUGUUUAAUAUUGUACAGUUGAGUCUUUUAAUUUUUUUAUCCUGGUGCAAACUUUUUACAAAAUUUUGAACAUAAGUAUUUUUUAGAAUUAAUUUUAUAUCAAAACUUAAACCUCUAGA